UUUACUUUUCUACCGCGAUGUCCUCCGCCUCUACGAUGGAUGUUGCUCAACAGCCGGAGCAUUGGCACUCGAACGAACAACAGGCCAUAACCUCUAGUAGACCAGCAGAACCUGCUAGCAAUGGUCCUGUCGAUGACCAUCGUAAUCUUCCCUCGGUUCAGGAUCCAGUGCGUGCUUCAGAAUAUGCCCAUGGUUCUAGUGUCGGCGACGCCCCCAAUGUCACUGCUGGUGCAAAAGGCGAUUCUGAACCUCCUGCAAUGCGCGAAAAACAGAUCAAGCCGAACAAAGUCUACGUAGGAGGGCUUCCAGAACACACACGUAGGGAAGAUCUACAGAAUUGCUUUGGCAAGAUUGGAAGUAUCGCUGCUAUUGAACUGAAGCUUGGCUAUGGUUUCGUGGAAUUCGAUACCAGGGAAGCAGCAGAGAUGAGCGUCUCAAAAUACCAUGAGGGCUUUUUUAUGGGAAACAAAAUUCGUGUGGAACUCUCGCGCGGUGGAGGAAGGACGGCUAAGUACUCGAGUGAUCCUGGAGCUUGUUUUAGAUGUGGGCAGAUGGGCCAUUGGGCCAGGGAAUGCCCUCACCACCCGGGACCUCCUCCUCCUCCGCGUCGUAAUGAACCACCGCUAAUCGAUCGCAUUCAGCGGGACUAUCCCCCUCCUCCUGCACCUCGAGAUGUGCGAUAUGAUUACCCACCGCCUCCACCGAGAGACUACCGACGGGCACCAUCUCCCCCUCGGGACUACUAUCCCCCUCCGCCAAGUAACCGCUCUCGUUAUGACGACUACCCCCCACGGGACCGGGAUCGUUAUCCACCUCCCUCAACGGAUUACCGUGGACGAUAUCCAACCGAGUCUGGCUAUCGCGGCACUACUGUCGCUCCCCCACCUGCUGCUUAUCCCUAUGAUCGCUACAGCCGACCGCCUCACGAUUCCAGGUAUCCGCCUUCGGCCUAUGCUCCUCCCCCUUCAGGCCGCCCUAGAACACCUCCGAGAUACCGAGAUGAUUACCCACCUCGUGACUACCCGGAAUAUCGUGGCCGUCCCGCCAGUCCUCCUCGCUACCCGCCAGAUUAUCCACGCGGGGCUCCUGCUACCCCGCCGUUGGACACAAGAUACAGGCAUCGCUCAGCAAGUCCUCCUCCUCGAGCUGGUGGCUAUGAUUAUCCUCCACCCUCUGGUAGUGCUCCCAAUGGCAAUUUCCCAUCUACGCCGCCUGGUCCUCCGCCUCGUUCUAAUCGUGAUUUCCCACCCCCGCCAAACCGCUCUGCCACCCGUGACACAGCGCCCCCUGAAUCUUACAGGAGGGCCUGAUUGUUCAUCCCAAUCUUUGCGCUUCAAAUUUAUCUCCUGGUGUUCUGAAUAUGCUCUUGAAUAAUUUCCAGUCUUAGUGAACCGAACUUGAUUUACAAAAUUCUCCCUUUUACCCUUCCAAGGUAAUAAUUGAGUUUCCUGUUUACUAUCUGUACAUCGUUGUCAGUAUCUAGUUGAUUUAUAUGACGAUCUAUUCAUUCGCUCGAUGUCGGUC